GACAUCACGACGAUGACGGAGCCGCCGCCGAAACGCAAGCGCUCCGACUCUGAGGCCGCGGUAAACCUCCUUACGCGCUCAGACGUGUGGUUCGACGACGGAAACAUCGUCGUCCAGGCACAGACGACCCAAUUCCGCGUCUUCCGCGGCACCCUCGCUUUUCAUUCGCCCAAGCUCAAAGCCCUCAUCGAUGCGCUGCCCGAAGACGCGACUCUCAUGCUGGAGGAGGACCCUGUGGACUGGGAACACGUCUUUAAGAAGCUUUUCCACCACGUAUACCCAGACAAAGAGCCGCUUCCGUUCGCUGUAAUCGCAGCGUUCGCCCGUAUCGGGAAGAAAUACGAGAUAGAAUGGCUCUUACGCAACGCCGUCGAGCGCCUCAAUCUCGCAUACCCUUCGACACUCAGCGUAUGGCUAAGUUCCGACGAAAAGAGCGUGGAGCUCGCUAUUGUGCCCGAGCCACCCUUGAGUUCUGCACAUGCCACAGUACUGGAGCACGUCCUCGAAGCUAGCAUCUUGGCCCGCGAGCUCAACCUAGCGCGGCUUCUACCCAUUUCAUUCUGGUGGCUUAGCUCCCCCGCCCGCUUCUCGUUACUCGUAACACCCCGCCGCCGCCGCGCUCUCCGAAGCCGACAAAACGUCGAUACUGGAUGGGUUCCAACAGCGCGUCAAGGCACAGCAGGAGACGACGUUGCGAUGGCUUCAAGAAGCCGGCAGCCCCGACUGUACUCGAAAACAGCAAUGCCCUCUCUCUCGCCACCAAGUAUUUGUGUCCGUUUUCACAAAUCUCGGGUGUGA